GAAGAAAUAGAUAUAACCAUGAAGUAGGGAAGCGGAAGGAGUAUAUUGGGUUCGGACGAGCGGCCUGCAGUCUGGGUGCCGCGGGGGCACUGCAGGGUGGCGCAAGGGUGCCGCUAGUGGUGAAACAAUGCGGCAACAACAACAACAAGCAAGAACACGCCGAUUCUUGAAGUAGGAAGGCGCUGGGAGUAGAUUGGGAUCUGGAUACCCAACAGCCCCUACAUUCAACGACCAGCGUGUAGGCGGCCAGUCGGCGUCCCCCGAGGGAGGGGGGAGGCGGGAGCCAGUCACGCGCUCGAGACCUGAUCUAGGGUUUCCUGGCUCAGCUGCCUCCACGCCCACGGCGCCACAAUCUCGGAGUUCACGAGUUGGCACGCCGCGCUCGCUAGGAAGUUGGCGCCGGGGAGCCACUCCAGGGUUCGCACGUACAGCUCCGAGAAGACGCUCGGCAUCAGGAGGCGGAAGACGAAGGUGAGGUUCUCCUCCGCGGCGGCCAGGCGUCCCUGGCUGACGCCCUGCAACCGGGCCUCCGCGUCCAGCGCGCGAUCCAGCACAGUGGGGCUCUGCCUCAGAGCUUGCAACACCGGGUUCAGAUAGUCGGAGCAGUGCGAGCUGAGACAGCAGAAGCUCAGAAUCGGUCCUUGGACCCCUCCUGGGGUCCAAACGCGCGAAAUGUCCAAGCUGCGUCCAGCCGUGGCGACGCGGACCCCCCCCCCCGAAAAGACGAGCAAACACCUGCAUAAACAAUAAUUUUCGGAGCUCCGCGCGGAUUUCUUGGAUUGGCGCUGGGUCCCCUGGCGGCGCCUCCGGCGCCGCCCCUGGCGCGUGGAGUGCGUGCGCCAGGGAAGGGAGUCCAGCGCUCAUCCCAGACAUCCGCGCAGACCUCCGAACAAUUGUUCAUGCCAUUUUCGAUGAUUCACCUGGAGGCCGUCUGCCGUGGUCUCAACUCUCGGCGGCACGCAAGAGCGACCCUCGGCUUAUGUUCAUCAUACCCUCGGCAAGAGUGACAUGCGGUGCGCGGCAUCAGGUGGCCGCGGAGAGGGCAGAUUUAAGCGCGCAAACCCAUGCUGAAGCACUCCUGCGAAGGGCUACGGCAAGUUCGCGUCGUAACGUGCGCUGGUCCGGCGACGCGGCCGUGUUCAGGUCCGUCAGGGCGCCGAGGCGCUCGCCCCAGCGCAGGGCGCCCCCGAGCCCAAGCUUGCGCAGCACGGGGCCCUGCACGGCGGACUCGCACAGGCCACAGGCCUGCGCCACCAGCAUCUGGUUGCUCUCCUGCCCCCAACCGUGCUUGUGCUUCCGGAACAGCAACAGAGUGCCAUUAUUCAGGCCCGUGCCGGCAUGCAUGUUCAGGACGGUGCAGACGGCAAGCGCUCGCAUGGCCCUCGUUCUCCCGAACACCUCCAGGAAGCCCAAGGGCGAGAACUCCCGCACCAAGGACUUCCAGUCGGGGCGCCCCUGCAAGCGCUUUGCUGGCGGUAGCGUCUCGCGCGCCCCCAGCAGAAGCAGCACGAACGAGCACAAUGAUCGGAAACUUGCAGCAAGGCGGAACCCGUAGCGCGGAUGCGGCACAAGCGACAGCGAUCGCGUCAGCACCAGCUGCAGGACGGUGGCGACCAGACCUGUGCGGCGGUUGAACACCACGGCGGCGUCGGAACCCCGGCCAAGCAUGUCGGAUAUCAUGCUGGUCAUACAGAUAUGUACGGCAGCAUUGCGAGGCUGGCCAGAUGACGGUACACGAAAAACGAGGCGACGCCAGACCCGGGCCUCGACACCGCGCCCCGCAGCGCGGAGAGCAGCAGAGGCGCGGCCAGCACGAAGGGCCUGCGCCCGUAGGCGUCGGGCAGAGCGCCCGCGAGGGGCUGCAGCAGGAACGACAGCAGCGUGUGAGCCACGCCGCUGCGGUUCAGCACACGCCCGGCUUACCUCUGGCAGCGCAUCUGGUCCCCGCCGCACAUCUCCAGCAGCAGCGUGUCGGAGUUGAAGGACAGGAACACGUAGUCGGACUGCAGCAGCACCCGAGCGGCGCCGACGAGGGCCAAGCUCCGCAGGGGAGCGCCCUCCGAGCCCCCUCCGCCGCGGGCCUCGCUGCCAGCGCCGCCGUCCAUGUCCCGGGCGGCGGGGCGGGGAAAGGGGAAGGGAGGGGAGGAAGGAUCGACGAGCGGGGGGAAGGACGAGGGCGAGGAGGACGGGCCCGGGGGCCACCGGCACUGGCGCGGCCCCCCUGCGUCCCCGCUU